AUGUCGACUCCUGUUCCGUCGACACCCACAAAGGCAUCGCCCGCCGUUGACAGUCCCGGCACAUGGCGGCAUCCGCGAUUGAAUGAGAUCACACAAAGGCAGAGUGCAACAAGUUUCUCCGAGAAAAAUGUUCGGCACAUAGCCUACAACAUAGUUGCCUUGUUAGCCAUGUGGGCUCUCCGUCUGCUUGUGAGAAUGAAGAUGAACCCCCAUAUUGUCUCCAGCACAUUCCGAACGUAUCUGAGCUGGGCGUGGCUCGUCUUUCAAUUCAUCCCAUUUAUCCAGAUCUGCCUUGCCUGUCUACCUCUUGUGCGCGCAAAAGACGACCUCUCAGACAUCCCCUUGACUGCCGGCCAGCGAAAGCUGCUGGGUCUUCCGCCGUCUUCGGCGCCCCCGACGCCAGAUGCCAAGUUCAGUACUCCACCACGGUACUCAAGGACGCCUUCGAUUGCGGGAUCUGUUGGGAGCAGAGGAAGCUAUGCCAGCUCGCCGUUGUCCGGACGAGGAAGCCCGCUUAUUCAGGGCUCUUUUGGGGCUUCCGGCUCCCAAUACUCCCCAGUCGGCAGUCCGCUCCUGCAAAAGAGCAUCGGUGAGCUAGGCAAUAGCCGACGGGCAUCUUUUGGAUCAGGUAGUCCGUUUGGCUUGGGUACGUCGGCAAACUUGUUUUCGGACCCGGCUUCUCCUAGCCACACUGGAGGCAAGAGGACUAGCGUGGGGCUGAAUAGCAAAUGGCUCUAUGAGAGGGGAAGACGAUCCUCUAGCAGUGCCUGGCUUCAUUAG